ACCCUAGCAAUGGUGUUGACCUUUCUGUCUAUGGGAGUAGUCCGAAAACCCUUAUUGACACAGGACUCUGCAUCUGGCAGUGUGUUGUACACAAAAGAACAAGUCACCCUUAAGUGCAAGAUUACGGAAGAUUCAGAAGGAUGGACAUAUUUGUGGUAUAAAGGCCAAGAUAAAACACCUAGAACCAACACUGGAAGCCAUUUCAACCUGUCCUCUGUGGUACCAGCUGACAGUGGAGACUACCGGUGUCAAGCUGAGAGAGCUGGUUUCAAAUCUGAAUACAGUGAUUCUCUGUCAUUGGAGAUCAAGGAUGUGCCUCAAACAAAACUGGAGUUGCAGUCCAGAUGGACUAAAGUCUUCCCAUCUGAGGUUGUGAACAUGAAGUGUGACAUUCAGCCUCCUUCUCCAGACUGGAUUUGUAAAUAUUACAGAGAUAGCCAGGACUUAAACAGCGGAGACUGCACCAUGCUUUCCAUUCCGGUAUCCAGCACUGACUCUGGAGUCUACACUUGCGUGGGAGUCCACCAACCACGCACUUUGGAAACCCAACCCAGCAACGACAUUAAAGUUCAUGUUUAUGGUAAUUGUAAUUUUUCUCCUCCAUUCAAUAAGUAACAUGGUCAAAAUGGUAUGUUAAAAUGUACAUGUACAACAUCUGUUUCUGUUGUUCUUAGGCCACCGUCCAAAGCCCUUGUUGUCAGAGGAUCCCAGUGACCCACCGAUUUACACAAAAGAAAAGGUCACACUAACCUGUCAAGUUAAGGAGGAGCAAGAAGGAUGGACAUAUCUGUGGUAUAAAGACGGCGACCAAAACACUCCAGUGUAUCAGGCCAGUGAGAUCACUUAUACAAUGUCUUCAGCUCAACCAUCAGACAGUGGAGAAUACAAGUGUCAAGUCAAAAGAGGGACUUUCACCUCUGAACUCAGUGACUCACACGUGUUAACAAUCAAAGGUAAAUAGAUGUACACUAUAUCAAUGUUAUUCCCUAACGUGUUUUUGUAAUGCAAUUUUUUAAUGACUGCUUUAUUAACAAUAUUUCUUAACUUGGCAUUCCCUACACAGAACCUCCUCAACCUAAGCUGGUUUGCAGUCGCCUU